AUGAGGUUACUCGAACUUGGACUGGUAUUUGGCGGACUGCUAGGCUCAGUGCGCUGCAUGCCCCAUGGAGACAAAAUUCAUACAGAGGUCGAACGGCCGCCAGAGGGCAAGAACUGGGAGCAAUGGCAUAUGGAACAUGAACAUCAGAUGGCCGAGUACACCCCGGAGAAAUUCUUUAAUCUACACGAUACCAACGGCAAGGGCUAUAUGGAUGAGCGCGAUAUUCUAUCUUUAUAUGGCCUCAGCCGGCCCGAGGUAGUCGGGACAGGGGACGGUAUGGGACAGCACGAUGAUAGCGAGAGGAUCGACGAAGAGACGGCUAACCGUAUCGUAAAGCUAAUUGGCGAAUUACUUGACACCAAUGACGACGGGAAGGUCACCAAAGCUGAGUAUCUCAACUUUGCUAAAAGAGGCAAGUCGUUUCCUGACCUGGGCGUUGGAGUCGGGCAUCACUUGGAUUUCGAAAAGGAGUUCAAUGUCCACCACUGGAACACACACCACCAGAACAACGAGAAAACGACUCACCGCGAAGACGUUGAGCACGAUUUGUUGCACUACUACCAUUCUUUGGAGCAAGACGAGCUGAAGCGGGGGGCUACACGGGGCAGCUACGUGACCGACGAUCAGCUGGAGAGCCAGAUUAUGAAGCAAAAAAUUCCAUCCAAGUACUUAACUGGUAGAUUAUAA